GAUGGGGUAGAGCUUUCUUUACAAGAGUGCAGUACUUGUAAAGAUACAACAAGGAGGUUGGGCUGUUGUAUCCUGGGGCGGCGUGACCAUAAAAAUCUGCUGCACCAGUGGCACGAAACGUCCUAAAGAGAGUGAUUGAUCCACGCCUCAGCUCAAGCUCCUCAUACUUUCGGUGACAUCUUUCUACUUUUUAUUUUCAUCUUUAAUUAAUUGCUUUUUGCUAUUCUUUUGUCUAUUUUCUUUUCUAUUUAUUUUUUACGAGGAACAACAAUUUUAGGACGUUUCGAUAUGCAAAACAAAAAUGGAAACAUUUACCACCUUGUAAGUGUCUGGAACCAUGCCACCGAGAAAGAGCAGAGACAAAGAGGUUCAGCCAGCCCAGGCUGACCACGCAGACGACAGUCCACUCCACUUUGAGGGCGAAAAUGAUCCCAUCACUUUUCUCCCAGUGUCACCUCUAGCAGAACGGUCUUAUGGGAAUCCAGUGUUUAAGGAGAAAGAAGCAGACCGUGGAGGUGACUUUGCUGAAUCAAGUAAUAUGUUUAGAGGACAAAGACAGCAUGAACCAAUGGAGGCUGCUGCUCCUGUUGCAGACCAUGGCCAUCAACCUCAGCAUAGGUAUGUUCCGCCAGGUAAGAGGGGAAAUGUGGGUCCUCAUCAUCAACCCUACCCAAGGGAUUUUUUCCAGCCACAAGUUCCUCUAGCCCAGCCGGUACAGCGCGGUUUGCAGAAUCACCCAGCUCAAUUAUUCAAUAGAGAUCAGCUAAUAGAUCUGGUACAAGAAACCUAUGGACCAGCCUUGAGACCAUUGGUGCGUCCAGCCUACAGGAAGCCUUAUCCAAACAUCAUUGAUCAUGAAAAUCCUUUUCCAAGGGGUUUUAAAGUGCCUAAAUUCACUUUAUUUUCUGGUGAGGUUGGUCAGUCCACUAUUGAACAUAUUGGACACUGCACAAUACAAUGUGGAGAGGCGUCUGGAGAUGAUAACUUGAAACUCAGACUGUUCCCUAGCUCUUUGACUGGAACAGCCCUUACUUGGUACCUCAUGGCUCGGUAUGAAAAUCUGCUGAAAGAAGAUGUUCAAAAGAAGGCUGCAUCACAUGGAACCUAUUAUAGUGAUCCUAAUUUUGAUCUUGAUGUGGCUGAGGUGGUUACAGACAAGCCUGUUUUUUGUCCAGACCUUGUCAGACCACCUCACCAGCCUGAGACGUCUGUGAGACGUUAUGUUGGUGAGGCUGGAAAACAGUAUACUUUUGAUGUGUCAAAAGCUAGUGAUAUAUUUGACCACCUUAAAAAGAGUGGUCUGAUUAAGCUGCCGCCGGGACAUAAAAUCCCGAUAGCGGCUGAAAUCGAAGCUAGAGAUUAUUGCAAAUUUCAUAAUUCAUGGAAGCAUUCUACUGAUAAUUGUCUUAUUUUUCGUAAUAUCUUGCAAGAAAAGAUUGAUAAGGGUAUCUUAAAAUUUCCAGACAAAGCGAAGGAAACCAUGGGAGUGGAUGUAGAUCCUUUUCCAGCUGUGUCUGUGGGCGUGAAUGUUGUAGACCUCAAGAGUGUUGCCAGAAAUCGCAGUCUGCCUUUUGCGCAAAGGAACCUUGCUGCAGAAGACUUAAGGUGGGUUCUUGAGGCGCAGAGAUCCAGACACAGCAGGAGCGUCAGGUCAGACCAGCAGAGGCUCGGGGGGCAAGAAAGGAUCAUUGUGACCAGGAACUUCAGUCCAGAAGGUGCGAGAUGGUAUUCAACUGGUACUAGAUCUCCAAGGAUGGUCAAACCGCCACUCAGGUUACCUUCCAAACGGUGGGAGAAAGUCAAUCAUCCCAAGUUUCCAGCCCAGAAUCCCAGAACCUUGAGGUGCAGACUGCAGCGCAAGAGGGCUGAAGAACGAAAAAGGCAACAGAAGCAGGUGGAGGCUGAGGGAAGUUCAUCUCGCAGACCACGCCAACCUACAAAAAGGAACAUGGUCUGGGUGAGAAAAGAGAAAAAGGAGGCUGUAACCUAGACUCUACAGAAGGAGGAUGAUCAAUCUUCAGCCUCUCCAAAGGUGGCGUCUGUCAUUGGAGUGUAGGAGCAUGAUUGCCGGUGAUGGCAAACAGGGGGCGCCGGCUGGUUUGGUGCAGAGCAGGGGCGAGGUGCAGUAGCAGAGCAAGGGCUGGUUCGUGCAAAAGGGAAAAAGGGAAGAAUCUAGACCCUCUUUUCUUUUUCUUUUUUUUUAAUUGGGUUUUUGGGUAGUUAGGAUUUGGGCUUGGCUUUGGGUUUUGAUGGGUUUUGGGUUUGGUAUUUGGGUUUUGGAUUUGAAAAAUGAAGAUGUAUUAGUUAA